AUGGCGGCCCGCGACCGCUUCGGCGGCUUCGCUGAGCCAGCCAUGACCCCAUUGCAGCGCUACAUCAUGAACGCCUGCGACCCGCAGAACUUCGAGCCCAAUCUGGCCCUUAACAUCGAGAUUGCCGAGCUGGUCAACCAGAAAAAGGGCAGCGCCCCGCGCGAGGCUGCCAUGGAGAUUGUCAAAUACGUCAACUCGCGCAACCCGAACGUCGCGCUGCUCGCCCUCAACCUGCUGGACAUCUGCGUCAAGAACUGUGGCUAUCCCUUCCACCUGCAGAUCAGCACCAAGGAGUUUCUCAACGAGCUCGUCCGCCGCUUCCCCGAGCGACCCCCGGUCCACUCGUCGCGCGUCCAGAACCGCAUUCUCGAGUUGAUCGAGGAAUGGCGCUCUACAAUCUGCAUGACCUCGCGCUACAAGGAGGACCUGGGCUUCAUCCGUGACAUGCACCGCUUGCUCAGCUACAAGGGCUACACGUUCCCCGAGAUCAGGCGCGAGGAUGCUGCGGUGUUAAACCCCAGCGAUAACCUAAGGUCUGCCGAAGAGAUGGAGCAGGAGGAGCGCGAGGCGCAGUCGGCCAAGCUCCAGGAACUGAUCAGACGCGGCACCCCCCACGACUUGCAGGAAGCCAACAGGCUGAUGAAGAUCAUGGCUGGCUACGACACCCGGAACAAGACCGAUUACCGAGCGAAGGCGGCGGAAGAGGUUGGCAAGAUACAGCAGAAGGCCAAGCUGCUCGAGGACAUGCUCCAGAAGCACCAGGCAGGGGACCAGAUCAAAGAGGGCGACGUUUUCGAGGAGCUCGCCAAUGCUUUGGCAAGCGCCCACCCGAAAAUCCAAAAAAUGUGCGAGGAAGAGUCGGACGAUCACGAGGCUGUGGCCAAGCUGCUGGAAAUCAACGAUAGCAUACACCGGACUCUGGAGAGGUACAAGCUCAUCAAGAAGGGCGACGUCGAGGGCGCCGCAAAGAUCCCCAAGGGUACCCUGGGCGUGAGCGGAGCUGGCGUCAAGAAGGGCCCGGACAACGAACUGUCAUUGAUCGACUUCGGAGGCCCCGAGGAACCAGCAGCACCGUCUGGGCAACCGAGUGCCAGUUCAAGCGCUGCCGCACCAAAAGGAAACGCAUUGGAGGAUGACCUGCUUGGGCUGAACUUGGGCGGCAGCGACAGCUUCCAAGGUGGAGGCAUCUCCCUCGGCGCCACGAAUGGGGCUGCCUUCCAGCCGCAGCCGACCUCACAGACUCCUGUCCAGAACCUCCUCGGAGGCGGUCCUGCUCCUCCCCAGUCGACAUCCCCACAGCCCAACUACAACGCCUUUGCUGGACUUGGCGGCUCUUCCUUGGCUCCGCAGCCGACUCCGCCCCAGCAGACCUCGAUGUUCACCCCACCCCCGCAACAAACGCCGCAGCAGCCAGCUCAAAAACCCGCCGACCCUUUUGCUGCUCUGGCAUCUCCGCGGACUGCGUCCCCCUUCCAGUUCCAGCAAUCCAUUAAGCCUGCAGCAUCCCCAUCUAGUGCUCUCUUCGACCUUGGGGGCACUUCGACCCCUCCGCCAGCUGCUCCGGCACCCGCACCCGCACCCGCAGCUAACGACGAUGAUGAGUGGAACUUCGCGUCGGCGUUGCCGGAUCAACCAUCUACACAAACCGUUAUUAACACUAGCAUAAGAACCGACUUCACCGUUUCCCGCCAAAAUGAUGACACCAUCCACAUCCAGUCCGCCGUAUCAAAUAAUACGCCGGCGCCUGUCUCGGAUCUCACCAUGCAAUUCGCCGUCACAAAGGGCUAUUCUCUGAAGCUGCAGCCCCAGUCGGGAAGGUUAUUGCAGCCGAACCAGCAGAAUGGCGUCACACAGAACAUCCACCUGCACGGCGUUCAGCGUGGACAGGGUACGGCGGUCAAGAUGCGCUGGAGGGCCAGCUACAUGCUGGGCUCGGAGCGCAAGGAAGAGCAGGGUGAGAUACCAAGUCUGGGCGUGGCAUGA